UUGUCCUCUUUCCACGGAGUAAGGCGGUUACUGUUAUAAUAUGCAAGAUGUAUUUUUUGGACUUUUAGUUUAUUGACAAUUUCCUGCCUGGCUUUAUGGUUACGCAUCAUAAAUUAGUAACACCAAGUGGUGUCCUUAAUUUUAGCCGCUUUUUCAGUGCAAAUCACUCAAAUGAUAUUGUUCUUGUUUGAAGUGGACGUUGCACUGGGAUUACCAUGAGCGAAACGCAGAAACCCGCCGAAGUAGACUAUUCUAAAAUUCGUACCAAAGGACUUGGAGCGAAAUUUGCGAGCUGCAUCUCAACACAGCACAGUUAAGGACAUAGCUUGCUAAAUGCGUCUUCUCGUCGACUCUCCAAGAACAAUGAGCAGCGGCUCAAGCAACUUUUUACUUGUCCCUAUACCGGAGUACCCCGUUCUGGACUGCGUGCCCAACAAGAACGUUAAACUUGUCGUUUUGGGUGCUAGCAACGUCGGGAAAACAGCUUUGAUUGUGAGAUUUCUGACCAAGAGAUUCAUUGGUGACUAUGAAGCAAAUACGGGAGCCCUGUAUUCAAGAAAAAUUAAUCUGGAUGGAGAACAGAUAUCCUUACAGAUUCAGGACACUCCUUGUGUUGCACUACAGGAUGAUCCAGAGGGCCUGUACUGCCAGGAGCAGAUCAACCGCUCAAUCUACUGGGCGGACGGCUAUGUGCUGGUCUUCUCCAUCACGGACCACAGCAGCUACCGCACCAUCCAGCCACUGUACCAGCACGUGCGCCGCAUCCAUCCCAGCGGCAACAUUCCCAUCAUACUGGUGGGCAACAAGAGCGACCUCCUGCGGGCACGGCAGGUGCCGGCCGGCGAGGGGGAGGCGCUGGCCUCCGAGCUCGGGGGGGCCUACUUUGAGGCUUCCGCCCGGGAGAACCACGAGGGGGUGCACGCCGCCUUCCUGCACCUGUGCCAGGAAGUGAGCCGAGCCCUGGGCGGCAGCAACGGGGAAAAGAGGCGAGGCGGACUCCACCUGGCCAGGCCCAAGUCUCCCAACAUGCAGGAGCUGAAGAGGAGGUUCAGGCAGGUCCUCUCCUCUAAGGUCAAGUCCUCCACCACCCUGUGAUGUCAGCUCCAGGAAGGAGAGGUACUGCUUUGAGAAAACUGGAUUCACAGCAAUCUGAGGGGCCGAGCAGUAUGUGUCGCUGGGCCUCCCCAGUCACUGUAUGUCCAGGCAUAAUGAGGAAUCUGGAAGUGCACGCAGCUCAGCCCAGAGACAGAGACAGGUGGUCAAUGGAUUGGCAGUCUUGUUCAGGCAGUCCAUACUAACAAAUGUCAUUCUGGAUUGGGAGUUACUACCUUCAUUACAGUACAAUUUUAGUUAAUCUUUCCAACUUAUUGGGACACAGAGAAAGUCAGUAUCUGCUUCCUUCCCCAUAUGGAGUUAUUAUAAUGAAAGUCAAAUGCUUUUGAUUCAGGUCAAGAAUUAGAGGCAUAUUACCAUAUUGUUCUAUCAGUAUGUAUAUAAACCACACAAUGAAAAUGAUAACUUCUAAUAAUUUUGUCAAUUCACAAUAAACAUACACUCAAUGACCACUUUAUUAGGUAGACCUGUAGACCAGCUUGUUAAUGCAAAUAUUUAAUCAGCUAAUCAUGUGGCAGCAACUAAAUGCAUAAAAGCAUGCAGACAUGGUCAAGAGGUUCAGCUGUUUUUCAGACCAAAUGUUAGAAUGGGGAAGAAAUGUGAUCUAAGUGACGGUAGAAUGACUGUUGGUGCCAGACAGGGUAAUUUGAAUAUUUCAGAAACGAAUGAUCUCUUGAGAUUUUCACGCACAAGUCUCUAGAGUGACUGCGAAAUGGUGUGAAAAACAAAAAACAUCCAGAAAGCAGCAUUUCUACAGGCAAAAACACGUUUAUGAGAGUGGUCAGUGGAGAUGGGCCAGACUGGUCUGAGCUGACAGGAAGGUGACAGUAAUGUAAAUAACCAGACAUUACAACAGUGAUAUGCAGAAAAGUAUCUCUGAACACACAAUGUGUCAAACCUCUAAGUGGAUUGGCUACAGCAGCAGAAGAAAAACAGUUUAAUAAAUACCUAAUAACGUGCUCACUGAGUGUAUGUAUAUGCAGUGCAGAACAUAUGGGACACCCUGUGCAAACUCAAUUCCAUUGUUUAUUUCGAGAAUUAAUUGGAUUACAGUGCUUAAUUAAUACGUGACGCUUACCAAUAGUCAAUGGUGCCUGCUUUCUAAACGUACUGCAUGGCUAGAUACCAUCAGCCAUAGUUUGGGCAUGAACUGUGUGACCUAAUGAAAUAAAUGAUUAAUUUCUGAAGGGAGACUACAGGGGCAUAGUUUGUUAUAUUUCAGUUUUUUUUCUCUUUCGAGUAAAAAUGUUGGCCUUUUCACCCACGAACAGCCUAUUGCAGUACAUACAGUGCAUACAUGCAUACAUACAUACAAUGCAUACAUGCAUACAUACAUACAGUCCACCAUGUUUUCACUGGGCACGCAAUCCCAUAGCAUAUCAGUUUUUUUCACUCUGUGGGUCACUUAGCGGUGCUUCUUUCCAAAAGAUAGAAGGAUUUCAUAGUAUCCUGUGCAUCUUUAAAAAUCUUGUGUCUCCAUGUAUCAGUUUGCUACAUAAAUAAGAGCUUGCAUUAUCCUUUGUAUACUGUUUUGAAUAAAGUUUGUUCAAAACACAGUGUAACUUCUCUGCAAUAAUAAAUCCCUUUCUCAUUUCCUGUAUUGUUGUAGUUUUGGAGAUACAAGUUUUGAUGCUGGCAAUAUGCAUGUUUAUUGAAAUUACUGUGGAUUUCUGUAUUCAUGAAUAAGAAUGAAUUAAAUUAAUAUAGUAGUGGUGGAAUUAGUAUCUGUAUUUACCCCCUGGGGUAUCAUGAAUCUACAGUAUACCACCUUGGCCAUCUGAACUGUGAUAUUGCACUUCGUCAGAAGGUAAUUUUCUCUCUGUUUUGAUCCUCAGGGAAAUAAACCAACCUUGAUUCCAA